AUGGCGGCCCCGCGCCCCCCCGCGCUGCUCGCGCUCGGCCUCGCGCUCACCGCCGCCACCGUCACCGCCGCCGCCGGGGGAGAUCCGUUCUCGGCGCAGCUCGGGGACACCGGCCCCGGCCUGAGUGCCUCCAGGGGUCCCAUUCUGCUUUGGGAUCUCCUUCUGUAUCUCCGUCACGGAGCCCCCCCAUCCCCCGGGGGCGGUGGGGGCCGCGGUGAGGAGGUGGAGUGCGAAGACGCUGUGCUCAGCGCCUGUCACCGCGGCUGCCGGCUGUUCUCCAUCUGCCACUUUGUGGAUGCGAGCGCGGGGCUGAACAGCACCAGGGCUGAAUGUGAGGCAGCGUGUGCCGAGGCCUACAUUGGAGAGGAGGAGCAGUGGGGCUGCAGGACCGGGUGCCGCGAGCAGCUGCCCCACGUGCAGAGGAAGGAGCAGAGCGCAGAGGUGAAGGCGCCGUCGCUGUCGGUGCUGGAUUUGGUCUCCUCUUUCUGCACUGACAUCGUCAGCUCUGCCCACAGCUUCAUCUCCUCCACGUGGACCUUCUACCUGCAGGCGGACGAUGGGAAAGUGGUGGUGUUCCAGUCGCAGCCCCACAUGGAGUUCCCGCUGCCUGAAGCUCAGAUGACCCAACCAGAGUGGCCUGAACCAGGGAACGAUGCCCACUCCCCCCAACUCCACACAGGCCCCCAGCAGAAGGAGGAAAAGUCCCCCCCCAAGAAGGAGCCAUGGGGCAAAGCCAAACCCAUGGACACCCCACAGCCAGAGCACGACUUCCUGGGCUGCAUGGCCAAGCGCUCGGGCCUCCCCCGCUGGAUCCUGGCCGCCUGCCUCUUCCUCUCCAUCGUGGUGAUGCUGUGGCUGAGCUGUGCCAGCCUGGUGACCGCCCCCGAGCAGCACAUCAGGACUCAGCCUCUGAGCAUCAAUGGUGACAGGGAGUGCCUGGAGGACCCGCGUGGCCCCAGUGUGUUCCCACUGCCGCCCGUCAUCGCCGUCACUCUGUGCCCCACACACGGUGAGGAUGUGGGGCCGCUGCCACUCAAGGUCGACCUGGACAAGACCAUCCUGUAGUGCUCCACCUCUCCCCAUCACCUCCUCAUCACUUCACUGUCCCCAUGCCGGUCCCCCUUCCGACCUCAUCCCUCUGCCUCCAUCGGCCACAGCCUGGAACUUUCCCCCUCCGUCAGCACUGCUGCACUCUGCACUCCCGCUGCCCAGAGCCCAGCGACCACCGCCAGCAUGGAAGGGGGGAGCGCAGCCCCGGCCCCCCCUCCGGGCACGGCUCCAGCGGGGCAGAGGCAGCGCCUGGGGGGGC